GAAGAUAAGCAAAGCACCCUCGAGCUUCACCACAUGCUACAUAUGCCUAGUACGCUAAAUACUACUGUACUCCCUUUUCCCCAAACGGCCCUUAAAACUCCCUUCUUCGGUAGGUGCGUUUAAAACUUCUCUUGAUUGGGGAAAUCAGAAAUGUUGGGGUUUACAGCAGCAAGGCUUUUGGAGCAAGAACAUUUCUCAGCUUCGAGGAGAAGAGUAUCUCAUCUUCGAGUAGAAGAGUAUAAGAUGGAAUUUCAUCAGCUGCUUAACUGCAAAAUUCCCACCUAAAAAUGCAGGUUCUUGUUCGUCGUUGAUGGUUUUAGUCUUCAGAAAACCAGGUUCUUUGUUGAUGUUUCUUCUCAUGUUUUCUUUAUUUGGGAAUGCUUCGUUAGUAUCUUUUUACAAGUCUAUUAUGCGAUUAUACAUGGAAUACCUUCGAUGCCCAUAGUUGUCUGCCAAAAAGCAGAAAUCCCUUUUAUAUUUAGGCUUGUUGAUUUCACAGUAUCUCGAGACCUGCUGUUUAUGUACUGAAAGAUUGAAAUAAAGAAAAGUACUUAUGGCUGAUCCUCCAGAAAAGAAGAUGCUUAAAAGAAUCCCAGAUGGUGAUAAUAUCGACAGGUUGAGUGCACUUCCGAACUGUGUUCUGCUUCGCAUCCUUUCGCGUUUCAGGACAAAAGAUGCUGCAGCAACCUCAGUUCUGUCCACUAGAUGGAGAGAUCUUUUUGUUUCUCUUCCUGAUGUUAAUCUAAGUUUCCGUGUGGAUAGUGAUGCUUCUGACCGUGAUAGGAUGUUCUUUGAUUUUAUAGAUUUUGCCAAUAGAGUGGUUCGACAGCGGAAUAAGGCUUCAAUUGGAAAGAUUGAAGUCUCUGUGAUGCAUUUUGUUAAAAGUUACCGCCUGGCUUUUGAGUCAUUGUUGGUAUCUGCCGCUGCUGCACUUUCUUCUUGCAAUGUCCAACAACUCCUUAUUUCGGUUCGAAUCGAUAAAACAACUGAGCGAUUUUCUAUACCUAUUCCACCUGGAAUUUUUUCAUCUAAAACUCUGGUUUCUUUAACAUUGAGCUUUGAGGUGGAUUGGAAUGUCCCUGAUUUUGUUUGGUUGCCAAACCUCAAGUAUCUUUACUUAUUUGAAUUCAGAUUGGUAGAUGAAGAUUCUAUUCAGAGGCUUCUUCAAGGUUGCCCUUUACUUGAACAACUGAUGUUAUUUGUGCAAUCAUUCAGCUAUGAGAGUGAGAGUGAAGAAGGCAUUGAAGUUGAAGUUCUUCAUAUCUCGAGUCCCUCAUUGAAGAGCCUGGUGCUCUGUUGGAAUGCAAAAGUUGAAUUAGAGUUCACUGUUGUUGUGCAGUCAGAAAAUCUCGAGUCUUUGGUAUGCUCCCUCAAGGGGCAGCACAAAGUUACCAUAGAUGCCCCAAAUCUGAAGUCCCUGACUGUUGAGGGUGAUGUACUUGAAGUACACAUAAAUCAAAGUCUAGUAUCUAUUGACAAGGCAGUAGUACGAGCCGAAUUUCUGCAUAAUGUGACAAAUGACAGUGACUUAUUUUUACGUGUUCAGCAUGCUUUUAAGUUUAUUAGUGGGUUGCAAAAUGUGAAAUCACUGACUUUGUCAGAGAACAUUCUGAAGGCUCUCUAUUUCUCUCAACCGGCAUUGCCAACUUUCAGAAAUUUGAUCAAGCUGGAGCUUAUACCUGUCUAUUGCUAUUAUUUUCCUCGUAGCUGCAUCUUACAGGUGUUAUCAAACUUAUUUGAAAGUUCCCCUAAACUUGAAGUGCUUAUCUUCAGUGAGGUGUUCAAGAACUACUUUGGCGAAGACGAGGAAUUUGGUUCUGUUUUUCUGCAGGCACUUCCACUAACUUUUAUUGGACAUCUUAAGGUAAUUGAAAUGACUAAUUUUAGAGGGGAAGAACAUGAAUUCAAGCUGAUAGAGUAUUUUUUGAAGAACGGAAAAUCAUUGAAGAAGAUGGCUCUCGAAAGAGAGGCUAGAGAGGAUUGGAAGUGUGUACCAGAAGAUUGUGAGAGGAUAUUGUCAUUCAAGAAGUGCUCAGAUGAUUGUCAGAUUGUAUUAAAAAAGAAAUGGGAUCAUAUAACGUGCCCAAAAUUCCGACAGUUGCUGAACCUAUCUCCUUAGCGUAUUCUUUAGUGGCAAACUGAUAAAUAUAUAAUUCAGCUGUAGAAUAAGAAAUUUUGGCUUCAUGGAUAUAACAUCUUUGAGCCAAAUUUUCUGUGUAAUUGGAUUGUAGUCUAAAUUUUAGUAUUAAUGCGCUGGGAAAGGGUAAAAGCUGAGUAGAUUUGCAGUCUUUAUGAGAACCUUCAGCUUAAAAGUUUUUCUGAAUCAGUCAAUUACUCCUUUUUUUAAUUUGAUUUUGAUGACCCCUGCCGUAGAAAUGUCAGCAAGUUUUCAAGAGAAUGCCGGUUUCUCUCAGGUUCUUCUCGGGGAAGACCUGAUUAAUUAACCAACAAUUGCUUGACUAGAUCGGAAUAUGGCUAAACAGGUGAUUGGGAUCCGUUAUGACUACAAUUUCUUUUGGUUGGAGUGAUUAGUUCGUUGUUAAAUUCAUUAACUAGAAGUUUUGUUUAAUGGGAUAUGAUGGUUGGGGAUAAAUUGUAGUAUGGAAAUAUGGUGAAAGAUAUUAUAUUGCACUUGGGAAAUGGACAAUGAUUUGGACAUAUAGGUUUAUGUACCUACACUUUGAGAUUUUUCAGUUGACAAGCAUGCAUUUCUUCCUUUUACUUUGCCUUCCUCAAUUUGAAGCUUCUCAUUCAAGUUACAUGAGUAUAGGACUUCAUAAUUGUAAGCAGUCAAUUGUUUGUCUUCUUCUCCGCUGUAUGAAGGUACCUCAUUACUCUCUAAGUUACUGACUUUUAAAAAUAUUGACCAUGCUGUCCCUUGGAACUCAUUAUUAUCUUUAUGUCCAAAAUAUUGACCAUUCUGUUCCUUGGAACUCAUUAUUAUCUUUAUGUACAUGCCUAUUUGUGGAAGACAUCCCCAAGCUUACUUCAUGCGACUCCUAAUCUUGAACUGCAUAUCUUUCAUCUAGUAACUCAUGAUUAUCUGUUUGGUUGUAGAAUUAAUUUCAGAUUCUUUUGCACUAACUAAUUUUUGUAAUCAUUUAUGUGAUUGGGAACAACCUCAGAGGGAUGGAGGAGUUUGAGUUUGUUCUGCCAGAGGCUAUUUAAGUAGGCUUCUUUAAACAUCAUAGGAAGACAGAUAUCAUGAUCUUUAUAAAGGAUGAAUAGGAACUUAGGUUAGUUGAUUUUGUUGGAAAAAUUGAAAAUAUUUGAUCAAAGAAGACUUUUGGUGGAGAUAUAGAGCUUUUCUAAGUAUUCAUUAGAAAUGUUUCCAUGGGAUUUUUUCAUUCAACAAAAACUCUGAGACUUGUGAAAUUGUGUCUGAUAGGAAGAAAGAAUGGGAUUAAGCAGCAUUUGGCAUAUUGUGAAUAGGAUGGGCUUUUUCUUUUUCUUCAUUGGGUGGGGGAGGUGGUGGUUCUUGUUCUUUUGCAACUGGUAUGACUUGUCUGGUGGUAUGCGCUUACUUGUUAACAUCCUGUGAGGUUUAUGCUGCUUGAUAUUCUGCCUUACGACCCAUUGUAUUUUGGGUUUUGUUUGUGAAGACCAGAUUAAUCGUCAGCUAUACAUUUAUGAAGUUCUACCUGAAUCCAUAUGUGCUGCUAUUGUCAAUUUUUUUUGAAGUAGUUCUUAAAGCGAUGCAUCUGUUAAUGGCAGAACUAGGUACUGAUGUUGUGCAUUUCCAAAUGUAAAUGUACAUUAUGUUGUGUGUGUGUAUAGGACAGAAUGAAAGAAUUUAAGAAAAGCACCCAAUAUCGGUUUUCUCAGUCUAGGAGUGGCUAUACCUAUCAUGGUUUUUUAGCACUCCACAGCUGCAGAUUUCUAUUACUUGACAUUGUUCAUCUUUUCAGUCAUACAUGAGUUGACUCCUGACGUAAAAUCUCAGAUUUUCUGGUUUAUACAUGUGCAUGGAUGUGACAUUAGGAGUAAAUUAUCUGGUUGAAAGGUAGCAUUAAAACUCCUGGGAAAAGAAUAGCUUUGAAAAUUUUGUGUCAGCUCCAAAAGUAAGGAGGUUUUUGGAUAUUACUCUUAUAUUUCUAAUCUUGUAGAACUCUAAUCUUAUGCUUUUAGUAACUUGUAUUCUUUUGUCAGAAUAUUUAAAGAAAACUAUUCAAAAAGUUUAAGACUAAUUCCAGAACUGCAACAAGCUGCUUUGACAAGUUACAGAAAUCACAAGAUAAGAUAGGAAACAACGUAAUCUACACAACAAAUUAUUCAACUUGCUGGUUAAUUUGGACUCUCCUUGAAGAUUUUUCAAGGAAUCAGCACACCAGCAGAUGCUAAAAGUACUGAUCCAGGACUGCAUGAAACUGCUGGAGUACUUUCAGGAGGCUUAUUUAUGUUUUUACCAUCUUGAAACAUGGUACGAUUGUUGAUGUUAUAUUAUGUAAGUAGGCUUUUAGCAUGCCUAUUGGAGCUUGCAGUCCUAUCUACUUUGGUGUUCCUGUGUUGCCUUGAAAAUGCUAGAUCUUGAUAGGAUGUAAAUCGGUUUAGGAUCCAAGAGGCACCUGCUGUCUUGCCUGUAUAUCAACUGUCAUGCUCUGUUUUUAUGGAAUACUUACCCAA